CACUCCAGUUCUCAAGUAUUCGGUUGCAAAUGACAAAACUUUUACCAUCCUUACGGCGUUCAAGCAAGCCGAAUCAUACAAUCUCAACCUUAAUUUAGGAGAUAUAAUCAGUUUAGGAAUAGAAGACACGAUAACUCAGGAAGUCAAUUUUCAGACAACUCUAGAUCAAUCCCACACUGAGUCAAGUGAUAGCGAAAAGUUCUGCAACCUAUACAAUACCUCCUCAUCAAAGACGCAAAUUUUAUUCUCUAGUUCGGAAGGUAAAAUAUUAGAUCAUUAUUUAAUGUUUAAAGCUGUCCAAGAAAUUGUUAAUAAUGUUUCCUCAAUCGAUCCAUCACAAAUUACUGUCUAUAAAAAAGAUUCAACUGAUGUUAAUUUUACAGCAAAGGGAAUUGUUCAAGUAGUUUAUGGAUACAAUUCAACUAUUGAGGCUAAAAAAGAUUAG